AUGAAUAGAUACCGUUUCGACGGUGUUGAUAUUGACUGGGAAUUCCCAACGGCGAAUGAUCGUGGUGGACGUCCCGAAGAUUACAAAAAUCAGGUUGAAUUUAUGAACAGACUUCGUUCAAGAAUGAAGGAUGUCAAAAAGGGCGUUUCUAUGGUCAUCCCUACAACACACAGAUAUCUGAAGGGCUUUGAUCUCAAAUCACUCGAACCCCAUGUGGAUUGGUUUAAUCUCAUGAGCUACGAUCUACAUGGCUCCUGGGACAUCAUUGACAAGUCCAUGGGACCUUGGGUCAACAGUCACACCAAUAUGACCGAAAUUCAGACGGCCUUGGAUCAUCUAUGGCGAAACGACAUCAGCCCCACCAAAGUCACCAUGGGAGUGUCGUUCUAUGGGCGAAGCUUCACUUUAACGGACCCGAACUGCCAUGAUCCCGGAUGCCGUGUUAGUUCAGGCGGCAACCCAGGCGAGUGUUCGAACAAUGUGGGUGUUUUGCAUCACGAAGAGAUUGAAAGAAUUAUCCGACAAAAUAAUCUUCAGCCCACUUUACAUCCCGAGCACGCCGUCAAAACUGUCUCGUGGGGCAACCAGUGGGUGUCAUUUGACGAUGCAGAUACAUGGCGCUUAAAGGGGAACAUUGCUCGGGGCCAGUGCAUUAACAGCUUCGCAGUGAGGGCCCUGAAUCAUGAAAAUGACAAAGAAACCAACAUCGAGGCACUGAGCCUUGCUUUAGAUCACAAACAGAUGGAAGCCCCGAAUUUCAGUACUACCAGACAGCAGGGCAACGUGUGGCGCAAGCCGGCCCCUCAGCAAUGUCGAUGGUCCAGCUGCUUUGAGGGAUGUCCGGUGGGUUUCAAAGAAGUGCGGGAGGAAGGACAAAAAGACAUCAUGACGGACAAAGACAUCUGCAGGGACCAAUACGGUAGUUUGGGAUUCGCCCAAUUCUGCUGA